AUGCAGCUGCCACCCGAGAUCGUAUAUGAGAUCCUUUCUUACCAGUUCCGAGAUAUCAUGUCUAAUGAUUUCCCUAGCAGUCCAGAAAAGUUCUAUUCAAAUUUGAAUAUCUUUCUUCGGAGCAAUCUUACGGUGAACAAAACUUUCUACCAUGUUUGUAGAGUGCUAUGUUAUCGUUAUCUGAAUUUUACAACCGCUAGAGGGUUUCACAGACUACUAGGGACAUUAAAGGCCAAUCCUCAGCUUGUUAAGUUGGUCCAGGUCGCAGAUUUCGAAGAGCUGACCUCCAUUGGUUUGGGCAGAACCGGAGAAAUGAACAAGAGCAUCAAGAACCUCACGAACGAAACUCUAUGGGAGUUCUUAAUGCUGAGUGGGAACUACUUGCGGGAGUUUCUGGCGAGCGAGCAUAUUCAGGGUGACCUCGAUGAGCGGAUAAUAUAUUUCCUUUUGAAACCCGGCACACCUCUGAGCGUAGUGGACUUCUGUGGGUGUUCCCACGAUGAUUUCACCAAGAAAUUCACGUCUGCAGUGGACAAGCUGUAUGCCGGAAGCGAAGUAAGGGAUUUUAAUUAUCAAAUAACGAGUCUCGGUUUAAAUGAUUGUACGGCUAUAUCAUCCAGGACGCUUGGAAGAUUGCUCACAACACUCCCAGAGCUCCAGAAGCUCGAUCUUGCACAUACCUCACUCAAUGAUGAUGUCAUCAUUCACAGCAUACCACAUUUAAAGAACUUAACCCAUUUAUCGUUAGCCAUGUGCUCUCAGCUAACACCCCGCGGCAUAAUGGAGUUUUUCAGUUAUCAUCCCGCUGUAACUGAUGAAAACAAUUGCUCCACACUACUUUGGCUAAACUUACAGGUCAACGCUCAUACAUCAUCCUGGAAUGAUGUCCAAACAUUAUUUCUCCUCAAGAAGCUCUGCCGGUAUGGCCAUAAUAAAACGCUUCAAUAUUUAAAUAUAGGCGGUAUGCCUUUGCAUCAAUCGGACGACUCAACAGUCCUCAAAACAAACUAUUACUGGAAAUGCAAUGACACCUUGCAAUUCAUCAAGCUAAAUUUCCCCAAACUGAAAAGCCUAAGCAUCAAGGACAAUAAUAUCCCCAUUCCCAAGUUAUCACAAUUCCUCGAUUCCAAUCUCGAUACACCGGAUGAACACAUUCCUGAACAGCAAUUAAAAUACUUAAAUAUCGCCAACAACUCAUACGUGAACAAAUGGACUAUACAGGAUCCUACAAUCUUUGCUACUUCCAAGAGUUUAUGUGCUGUUGAGCUAUCUUUUGAUCCAUGGCAGCAGAUCGAAGCAUCGAAUCCAAGGCAUGAGAUCAUCUGCCGCACCAACAGCAGCAAAUCGAUCAUUCAAGAUUUCGCAAAUACUGAAGCAAUAAAGUGGAAAUGUUACAUUGGAUCCGCUUAUGGAAGGCGUUACUGGAUUUACAAGGUUGAUGAUACUCUGAACAGAGGAGACCUAGAUGCUAGGGGAAAUAUAACAAGAUAUGACUCCAUGGGGCACAAGAUGAUCGACAUUGUGAAGCACCCUGACUUUUUGAAAUUUGCUCAAAAUAAAAUAAUGCUAGGCUGCGGAAUUGUUAGUCAAAGUAGUGUAAGAAGAAAACUUUCAUACAGAGACUUCAAGCCCCAGAUUUCUAAAUUCUUUGAUAGAAAUGGUGGGAUCACUAUGGGAACCCGAAGCCCGCCUAUUACUGUGCCUAGCAGGCCGCCCGGUGGCUGGCGAAUCAUGGAAAAUGAUGAGUCAGGAGAUUCAUACGAUACGGAGCAUGAAGAUAUGGAAGAAACUCCUGAGGUUGAUAGCCAUACUCCCAGUUCAAAUCCAACGAGAAUGGGGUUGUACUGGGAUCGCUCCAUCUCUGACCUUCAGCAUAUUCCAUUUCAGGAAACGGAUGCCGAUUACAUGAACGGUGACGAGCUGCAGCGGCGUAGGUCACAACUGAGCUUACUCGGCUCGCAGAAAAGCGCUGCGCGACUCAAAUUACAUUUUAAACACAACCGACUCGAGAACUCGACAUCCUCAGAGACUUUCAUUUACGAUCCUAAUGACUCAACGAUGUCUGAAUUAUAUCGAAAGCAUCUCCAAGUUGUAGACGAAUACGCUGUAUUUGGUUGCAUCGAGCGUGGCAUGUAUAGAUAUUAUAGCUUAAAAGCCUAG